AUGCGCCGCCGGCCGCACGGAGCGGUGGCCGCGGCCACCGGCUCGCACAGUCGCCACCGGGACGCCAGGCUCCUGCAGCGCUUGCUUACGUUAUUGGCUGCUGCGCAGCUGGGGCGUUGCGUCGUUGACGUCUGGUUUGCGGCGGUGGGCGGUGGGCGCGCCGCGCCGCGGCAGCCGCGCGGCUCCUCUGCGUCUGCAGCUACCGGGCGGCAGUGCGACGCAGCGUGGGAGCUGAGGGAGCUGGACGGCGGCAGCGCGGCCAACGUGAGAGCUGAGGGAGCUGGACGGCCGCUGAUCGCGGACAUAACGCAACCGGCACGCGCCAGUUCAGAUGCGGUACUGAUUCGACUGGCCGUCCUCGAUCUGCUGCCGAUUCCUGUCAGCGCGAUGGGCAGCGGCGCGGGCUCAGUCGGAUGCGUCUUCUGGGGUCUGAUCUGGCUGGCGAUUCUGGUGUUUAUCAGUUUUGUUCUGGCCGGCUUCUGCGCCGGCUGGUACAUUAUCCUGCUGCCUCUGACCGUCUGCAUCGGCGGCCUGUCGGGCUUGACCGACACACUGCUCACCGGUAUACAAUUUCCGAAGACAUGUGCCGAAAAUAUGUUGGCUGGCACGCCCCUCUGCUAAGUUGCAGUGGAAGCUCUCGCCGCUGGUGGUCGUCUUCGCCGGCGCCGGCUGGUCGGCCGUGCGAGCUGUCUCGGAGCUGGUGCCUGCGCCCUGUGCUGUGUGCCGGGGCGGCUGGUCGGCCGGACAGCCCCAGUGUGCUCGUUCUGUAGCGAUCACUGGCGGCGGCGGCGCGGCGGGACGGCUCUGCGCGGCGCCCAAUGGGCCAACAGCAACAUCCGUCCCGACCAGACAGGUGCACCAGCAUGAGAACAUGCAUCUGGGUUUUAAUACCACGUAAUACCCUGAUCUGGGAUCCUAUUCGAUUGCUGUUCCGUUUUAAAAUGUCGAUUCCGCACGACUCUUAAUUCCAAGUAU